UCCGAAAAUAUCAACCCUGAAAAAAUGUCAGUCACAUGAAAAAGAUGACCGAGGUUGAUGAACUAGAUGUAAACCCCCUAUUUAGGGCUUUACAGAAAAAAUACCAAGAGUUAUACGAGAAGGCCCAAGAUAAUUGUUACAUUGUGUGUGUACCUCAGACUUCAUCUUUGGCAAAUGUAACGGUGGACAGAAAACUAAUUGCAACCCACAUACUAAAGCCUUCACCAUACUUUAAAAGUCAGUACCAGAUCUUGGAGUGUCCAGACAAAGUGGUACAGUUAGAAGAAAAUGGGAGAGGGUUCCGCACUAUUGAAGGAUUUUCAAAAGAACAUACCGUGAGGAUUUUGAAUGAAGAAUUAGGAUAUAAUAAGGAUUAUAAACCAUACAAAAUACUGAUUUUGGAAUGCCCUUUAGAUCCAUCUAUAAAGGUUCGUGCAACAGAGAGCAGGACCCCAGAUUCGUCAGACACACAUUCUGUCUACCACACAUACACAGAGUCCUUUAACUUCUUGAAAUCGUUUGCUGAGUAUAGAGGGGUUUUCCGAGUGUUGGAUGAAAAUUUGAAACAAUUCAAUGCUAACUACAUGGUACUGAAAGACUACCUCUCAGAAGUGGAGAAUAAACUUAAGUUCCUUUGUCAGCAAGUUACCAAGGAUUGCCUGAAAUGUUCAAAAUUUCAAAAGGAACGGGAUCCAAAAUUCAGAGAAACUUUAGAAUACAGUGUUGAAAGCUACAUAAUGGGAGCAGUUCACACCAAGGUUUUUUCUGUUGUCAAGGAAAUUUACAACCAGGAUGAUAAGUUACUGUUUGCAAAAUGCAAACAGUUGCACAAUGUGACUCCUGAGCAGCUGGGAGUCAACAAAAAAAUAGCAUGUCCACUGCCACAAGCUGUUGUCGAAUUGGCAAAUCUGGAUGGACUGAGGACACCGUUGGAAAAAUUAUUUUGCCUGAAAUCAACAGUGGACAAUGCCAGCGCAACCAUACAGAUCUAUUUAGAAGAAAACAGAAUACCUCCAGUGUCUACAGCAGCUGACGAAAACUACUGCCUGACCUCAGAUGAUCUCAUUCCUAUAUUGGUAACUGUGAUAGCCCAAGCCCAGUGUCGACAAUUUGCCAGCAACAUUCAUUUCAUAGAGUCCUUCCAUUGGGCUUCAGAGGCUAAUGACAGAGGCAACCUCAGCUAUUGUUUGGUGACGUUUAAGGCAGCUGUGGAAUACAUGAAAAACACAUCAUUCGAUGAAUUAGAGAGGAGACCCAGCCUUAAAAGAGAGAUAAGUCUGGAGGAGUUAAGGAGAGUGACCAAGGCAUCCUUCUCUGAUGACCCUAGUGACACAAUGAACGGUUCCUCCAGCAGUCAGCCAGGAGCAAACCAUUACGACCGACAGCUGGAAAGAAUUUCUCAGAUGUUGAGUGAAUCCCAUGAAGAGCUCCGAAAAUCAGAAAAAGCUCAAACUUAUCAACACAACAGUGUUUUUGGAGACAGCUACGAAAGGCUUCAGAAACCAACUAAAGAUUUUCCGAAACAGGAAAAAAGCAAUGAAGAUUUAGGGGACUUCUUAACCUCGCUACAGAAUGACAUGUUCGGGAUGAGCUUUGGUAAACAAAGCUGAUGAUCUGUGACUCCAUAGCCAAGUCUGUGAUACUCAAUUCAAUGAAGAUUCUGAUAUUGUAGAAAUAAAAACGGGAGGGGUUUUGACAGAAGGAAGAAGUGUCUAGAUUGUCUUCAGAUUCAUUCCCAUGCACUGCUGCUGCGCUUGGUUUAUCAUUAGAGUGGUGAUAAAAUAUACCGUAUAGCGGGGGGUUUCAGCGGGUCUAAAAUUUAGCGAUUUGCUGGCUUAAAGGUAUGUUAAUAAUUUUAGUAGAAUAAAUUUUGGCAGACAAGGAAGAUUUAUCUUUCUUGCAAAUACUGAAGUCACAUUGGGUGCUUAUUUGUUGAGUGAUAUUUUGGCUGAAAGCUAUCUAACCGCCAAAGUACGCCAAAUUUAUCAAACCGCUAUACGGUACCUUAAUUCUAGAGAAUUUUUCAAUGCAAUAUCUAAGUCAGUACUGAAAGCCAAAUUUUUGUGAAUAUAGAACCCGCACGGAAACAUUCCAGGUACAUGUUAAUGUUACUGCAUGCUAGUACUACCUCGUACAAUAACAACAGCAGUUCAAUGUCUGUCUAAAGGCAGAGCUGAAGGAGACUUGUAUAUCUAGGUCAGUAUUACACAUGUGAACGUAUUGUUAUUAUCUGUAGUACUUUCAUUCAGCCUGUUAUUGUAAAUGUCUGUCUUUUCUCAUGUGUUCUUUAUCAAUGAUUUAAUAUUGGAAUCAAUAGAAAGUGUGAUUCUUUUUCAAUCUGUUUUCUUUAAACAUAUCAUCUACAUUAGAUAUAUAUACAUGGUAAUUACAUGUUAAAACCAUAUUUAUUUAUGAUAGUUAAUUAUUUUGCAUAUAUUAUGCACUGUCCAUUUUUAAUGUUAUUUUUGCCUUGUAUUACAUUACCGGUAAUUUAUUAUUUUAGAAUAAACACUGCAACAAAAUAAAUUACUCCUUUUUUGUCCCUAAACCAUUUUGUUAAUGUACAUGUACAUGAUAGAUGUCUCACUAAGUCAAUUAAAAAGUGAAACCAACAAACAGUGAAUAAUCUCAUGAUUCUUAUAAAGAAAGCAAAAUUUAGAGUAGGGAAACCUGGGCACACGGUCACAGAGGUCAGAUCUAGGAGGGGUAUGCUGUUUCCUAGUCCAUAGCAUGACAACAGCUAGCUAACCAGUUUCAUGAUCUUUAUUGAUUGUUUGUUCGUUUGAUUGAUUGUAUGUAUGCAUGAUUGCUUGGUGAGAAGAUUGUGGGCAGAGUACUGUAACAAGACAGUAUGACUGUUCAUAAAGGAGAUGAGGAAAGUUCUUUGUGCUGCACGCACCGAAACAUUUGAUUGAUUGUAUCUUGCUUAACGUCUCGCUCGAGAAUUUUUCACUCAUCAGAUAAUAACAAAAGAAAAAACCUGAGACGUGCCAGAUAAAAAAUUGUUGGCACAAGGAGUACGCAUCCCCUGUUAAAUGGUCACAUCCGCCAUAAGUCCUCCAUCUUGGAUCAGGUAUACGGAGUAAUCGGUAGUCAAAAUUAGUAUUCAAAGCUUAACAAUUGGUAUGAAACAUAGGACAGAAACAUUUGACCCAAUGACAGGUUGUAAUUGUAAAUUUAAAAUCAUUAUUUAAAACCGACUACAGAAUUUUGCAAAAUGCUUACUUCAAACGAGACUGUUGAAACCCCUGUAACAUCAACUUAUUUAUCAAUAUAGUUUGCUUUGAUUAAAAAAUUUAUCAUACGCAUAACGUGAUCUUGCGUAUCGAAUCGGUUGAGAAAUGUAUUUUGGAUUAAUGCAUUUUCAUGGUUUUGAACCAACAGCUCAGCGAGUCAAAUUGCUUUUGUCCAAGGAUUUAAUUAAUAGUCAAUAGCAAUUUUUUCACAGUUUUUAUAUUGCGUUAUAUUUUGAGGAAUAAUUAUGCAAUGGCAGAGAAAGUUGGACCUUUUACAUCGUUCCAGGUGUUCCAAAAUCUUAGUAAAAUCAAAGAGAAAAACUGACCCAGAGUAAUAAUUAGAAGAGUAAUAAUUAUUAACUCUUUUUAAAAAGUUGAUGUUUUAUUUUUACUUUCUCAAAAAUGAGCCUAUCCGACUUUCAUACCAAUAUAAUUAGAAUUAGAUCCUUUAAUCCCCUCAUCUACUAGAGGUACACAUAGGUAUGUGUAGCGAUAGUAGAUGAGCAGAUCAAAGGAUUUAAUUUUAAUUAGAUUAGCUUUCAUAUAGGAGUGAUGAAACAGCUUGAUAAUGGGAGAAAAACUGCUCAUUUCUGCAUGUAGAUAUGUGUAAAAAAAAAAAGUUUUGACUCCCUGUAGUUGGCAGUUAAUUCCCCUUUAUUCAAUGAAUCAUGAAGAGACACUUAAAAAAUGCUGGAGAUAUGUCUUUUAACAUUGACAUCAUUUUUCAUCAAUACAUACAUUGCACAAACAAUCAAAUGAAUCACAUGACAUUUUGCAUAUGUUCAUAUAAUUGACAAGGGGUUAUGUAUAAAGCUUAAACAUGCGUUUGAUUUUAUCUUAAUCAUGCUUUCAUUCUAAAACAUGCGGUCAUGAUAGUAUGUGCUGUAGAAAUGUCAAAGUUGAAUUGCAACAAUUGCUUAUCUUUCUUUUUGCUUAUAUAUAUAUAUAUAUAUAUAUAUAUAUAUAUAUAUAUAUUGUAUAUAUAUUCGUGGCUGUAUAGACAAUUUCUUUUUCUUGCUGGGAGUGUAGCCCUGUCACUCCCAUUCUGUGUUUCUUUUUCUUUUUUUCUCUCUUCUGUGUUUGUUUCUUUUUCUUCCUCUCUUUCUAGAUGACCAAUAUAGCGCAUUAAGAUAAAAUUCGCGGAGAUGAUCCAUUACGAUGAUUAUGGAACAGUUGAGUUACAGUUUCCGAAGCUAGGUUUCUGUAGAAUAUCUUUGCGGAAAUGCUCCUAGAAUUUUUCUUUUCAGAAUUCUCUCCAUCGCUAUUUAAUGGGUCAGUUGUGGCCUUCGCUCUAUUUUUGCCAUGGGUCAUGAUGGGAUCGUUAUUCUAAGUUGCUGUUUGCUUCGCGAGAACUCGUCUCUUCACUGUCCCGCCUAUGUAUAUUGUCCUUCAGCCUUUUGACAGACCACCGUCUACUGGGAGAUUCGGGGAGCUUGAUGGAUUUUCGAGGAGAUCUGUUGGGUGAUGGUAUAUUCGGUGAGGUUGGAGUAACUGGGCUGGGGUCUAGAAUAAUACCGACAGGAAAAUUAAUUUACCAAAAUAUCCUUAAGUCGUGCAAUCAGUACCAUUAUGUGUGUAUGAUAUAUACGGGUAUCUAAUUAAUUUUAAUCAAUGAACAGAAAAAAAAAAGAAAAUAUAUAUCUAUCUUCUUUUCUUUUUUCUAAGUAUAUAUAUUUAUUUAUCUGUGAUUACAUAACCGAAAAGCCCUAUAUUUUACUAUUAUGCAGUUAAGUGACUGUAUAUUCAACGAAGAAACGAUCGAGCUGUUAAUUUACAAAAUAUGAAUUAUGAGGAAUAUAUUUAUAUCUAGUUUAUUUGUAUUACGGGACUAUACAUGCAUCUACUGUACCUUGUAAUACAUUCAUAUCACUGAUAAAAGAAAAGUAUCGCCGCAUUGAUAAAAUAUGGUCAUCUAGAGUACAAACACUAUCAUACUCGUUAGAUUAGUGUAUCGUAAGUAAACAAAACGUGACUCAUUUAUUCUAAAAUUAUAAGCAAGACACAUAUAAUAAUACAUGUAUAAUUAAUAUCUUAUCUGAAAACGGGCACCUGCACCUUUUAGGGACACCAUUCUUUGGAGGUGCGGUAUCCUGAGUUUUCCGGGCCUAUGAAAAGAUUUACACGGAGUCUUAUCCACAUGAGGAGCGUGCUUUGGCAUUUUUCACGACUGGCCAC